AUGGGAGACACAGAGCAUGCUAUGGCAAAUGUAUCGUCCCAGAUCAUCCCAAUCGCUAUUGUUGGAAUGGGAUGUCGGUUCGGGGGUGGCAUAACUAGUCCCGAGGAACUAUGGGAGUUUGUCGCAGAUGGUAGAAGUGCUUGGACUGAGAUCCCUCAAGAUCGAUACAAUCGGGAAGCCUUUUAUUAUUCUAACUCUCCCAAGCUGGCAGCUUCGAACGUCAAAGGCAGCUACUUUCUGCAAGAGGAGGUUGGCUUAUUUGAUGCCUCAUUCUUCAAUUUCACGGAUGAGGUGGCCGCAGUCAAGUCACGUAUGAAGCCCUGGAAAGCGUAUGUUCCAUACUCCCCAAAUCUCAUUAGAUGA